UUUUUUGCAGUCUAAAACUGGUAGAAUGAAUAGUGAGAUUUAAAUAAGUUACUUCUCAAGGUUGCUGCAUAAAACAUUUAUUUUUUUAUGUUCCCCCUCCCCCUUUAUGUGUGUGCAUUUAGUUUAUGGAUCCUCUCAUUUUGUAUUGUCCCAGUAACCAGCCAGAACUGAUAUUUGCACUUUUACCCCCUUUCAGUUUUAGAAGAGGCAGAUUCCCAGCAUGAGACCUUAUACCUUCUGAGCCUAGAAAAAGUGAAAUCUUUUCCUCAAUCCUCAAGUUGAGCUUUGGCCAGAUUGUUAAAAAAGGUUUUUGUCAUCUACAGCAAGGAAACUGGCAGGAACGCUGUCCGUGGAGGCGGGAUGACAUGCAAUGGUCCAGAUAACUCUGGCGCUUGCCCAGUUCCAGAGGCUGAUCCUAACCAAGAUGCCUACACCAGACAACACACCUUCGCUCAUUUCCCAAGCAACUGUCCUGUCUCCCCUGCAACUCUAGCCCAAGCUGGUUUCUUCUACACGGGGGUGGGGGACAGAGUCGAAUGUGCCAGUUGUCAUGCAAAUAUAGAAGGAUGGCGGCAGGGGGAUUCAGUGGUCGGAAGACACAAAACUAUUUCUCCGAACUGCAGCUUUAUUACUGACAGUAACGCUGGGCAGAAUGACAUGCAUUCUGUUUUCUCCAACUGUCAUCGCAGAACAGAAAAUCGCUUGACUGGAAACGUUCUCCAUCCCCCUGUCGAUCCAGACUCUGAUCUCUAUGCAGAUUAUCUGUUGAGGACUGGGAAAGUAGUGGAUCUCUCAGAUUCUCUGUACCCCAGAAAUCCGGCUAUGUGUGAAGAAGAAAUGAGGUUGAGAACUUUUCACAACUGGCCGUCCUACGCACCUGUCACUCCCAAGGAGCUGGCCAAGGCUGGACUAUAUUAUACUGGCACUGAUGAUGAGGUGGAGUGCUUUUGCUGUGGGGGCAAGCUGAAAAACUGGGAACCGUGUGAUCAGGCCUGGUCAGAACACAGACGCCAUUUCCCGAGGUGUUUCUUUGUCCUUGGUCAUGAUGUUGGAAAUGUUGCAAAUGUCCCAAAUCAGUCUGGUGAUGCUAAGCUGGAUACAAGUGAAAUAGAAGAGAGCAUCCCACAUAAUCCAUCGAUGGCAUUUUAUGAAGACCGAAUCAAAUCAUUUGUGAUGUGGAGGUACUUGAUUAGCAAGGAACAGCUUGCCAGAGCAGGCUUUUACAGUACAGGCAAUGGGGACAACGUCAUUUGCUUUCACUGUGGAGGUGGACUGACAGAUUGGCAGCACAAUGAAGAUCCAUGGGAGCAGCACGCAAGAUGGUUUCCUGGGUGCAAAUACGUGAUAGAAGAAAAAGGGGUAGACUUCGUAAACAGCAUCCAUUUAACUAAUUCUCUGCAUGCUUCUACAGUGGAGGAAGCUGAGAAGACAUCACCUAUUAAAGAUGAGGAACUCUUACAGAAACAUGUGGUUCAGAAUGCAAUGCGUAUGGGUUUCAGCCUGGAUGAAAUUAAGAAGGCUGUGGAAAGGAAGCGCCACCUAUCCUCAGAGAGUUACAGUUCUGUCGAGGCUCUGGUUGCAGAUUUAAUAAAUGCCCAGAAAGAAAAUGUACUCAGUGCAUCCCAGGAGAAAGAUCUCAGCAUUGAAGAGAAGUUGAGACGUUUGCAGGAAGAAAAACUUUGUAAAGUCUGUUUGGACAAAAACAUCUCUGUGGCCCUCAUUCCUUGUGGGCAUCUUGUUGUUUGUAAGGACUGUGCUGAAGCGAUCGACAAGUGCCCUUUAUGUUGCAGAAUUAUUGAAAAAAGGCAGAAGAUAUAUAUGUCCUAAUCAAAAGCACCACUCUGUGCGACUGGAAAACUGACCUAGAGAUUGAUCACACUCACCACGUUCAAUACAGAAAUGGACUGAAUGAAUAUAAGCUUUAAUUGAACGCACUGAUCUACUAUAUAACUCAUAAAGCUGCUAAAUUACACGCAUCUGGAUUUUUAGCCCUCAUGGCCUGACACUGAGAGCCACUUGGCUGGUGAGCUUGUACAGGCAGCAGUUAGAAACUUGUCCUCUGAUUGAUGCUUGUACUGCCCGUAUCCGCAUUGUUCCCUGUCCUGUCUUUCCCCCAUCUUCUUUCUGUUCAUGGCAUGCCCCAGGGGUGUAGUCCUCACUGAGAUGGAAAGUCCAUGUCUUAACCUUUCUUGCUGUAGGUGUCUCUCUCACAAGCAUCUUUAGCUACUAGUGCUCUACCCUGGGGUAGCUGGGUCCUCCACCAGCUCCCUUGCAUUUUAUGAUGAUCAUUUUCGUUCUUUAAUUCAGGAGUAGAUUUUGAGAUCUGAUAUGCUAUCUUUUAUUUGCUUAUUUUUAAAAACAUUUUAUACCACUUUUGCAGCCCUGACCAGUGUUCCCAAACUGGUUUACAAAGAAUGCAACAAUGACCACUAUAAUCUUGCUGCGUACUAACUCUGUAGAUUUACAUAGCAUAACCCGAUGUGGCAUCCUAAAGACACUAAUAUAUAUAUGUCUGUAUGAUCCUUUUUAAUCAAAAAGCAGGACACUAUGGCAGUAAUUCUGCCCCAAAUUGUACUUUUGCAACUCCAGUUAACUUCAGUGGGGCUCAUAUGUGGCCAUCUGCAGACCUGGUGCCCAUUUCAGAAAGCUACCACAGAAAUGGUUUCCCCUUGUUUGCAAAAGGGAUAGUCUCUGAGCCCCAGAGAUGGCUGCCGUUGGACAAGUGGAAACUAGACAACUCUCUCAGGUUUUAAAUGCAUUUACUGGCUGACAUAAAAAAGCAAAGAGCUUGAAGUGUGCAGCAAUCUCACUUUUGAUGUUCCACACCACACUUUUUGGUAUCACAUUUUGUUUUUCCACUCCUUUUCCAGUUAUCUAAAAAUCACAUGAGGUAGCACAAUUCACAUAACACUGUUGUUCAUUGUCAGUUUAUUUCAGUGUGGCUUAUGCAAGAACACAGUCCAUCUACCUGAAUGAAAACACAGGGACAGAACUCAGUGGCUACACCUUUGUAAUUAGUUUGUAAUUUAACCAUCCACCUGUCCUCUUCGUUAGAUCAGUGACACUUUCAUUCCAGCCCACUUGUGUUAUCAGCAUAACCAGAAACAGUUAUAAAAUGGGAAAGACUUCCCCAGCGCUUGUCCUUAGGAGUCCAACCUGUUUUACAUUGCUCUCGGUUAAACUAAUCCUCAAAUUGACAAACUAUGCAUAUUUUGUAUACAUGUUAAUAAUAAUACACAGAAAUAUAUCUAGAAUCAAACUGGCGUGAUCUUGGCUGUAAAUACUGUUGAGCCUACAGAAAAUAAUGGGAUCCUUCUGUUGGAUUAAAGCCAUGGGUUGAGCAAGCAGACUCUAAUCUAUUGGCAGAAUUUAUUUUUUGAAAUAUUAUAAUGACCUAUAAUCUAAACUUAGAACUUCUUUGGAAUUCUACUUGGACAUAUUUUUAAUAAAGUGAUUUUUCUUACAUA